AUGGAUGUCAUCGACGGUAAACUGCUCUCCGAGGCUCUGGCCACUGUCAAGAUCCAACUGGUUCAAAUGAAACGAUCGCUGGAUGCCGAUCAGCUCAUGGAUGCCUUGAAGAGCGCCAGCUCGAUGUUGGCCGAACUGAGGACCAGCAGUUUAAGCCCGAAACAGUACUACGAGCUAUAUAUGGCUGUAUUCGAUGCGCUGCGUCAUCUCUCGGCUUAUCUCUAUGACGCACACGUAUCGGGAAAACACCACCUGGCAGACCUCUACGAAUUAGUUCAAUACGCUGGAAAUAUCGUCCCUCGGCUAUAUUUGAUGAUAACAGUCGGGACGGUAUAUAUGUCGAUCGCUGAUGCACCGGUUAAGGAGAUCAUGAAGGAUAUGAUGGAGAUGACCCGUGGUGUUCAACAUCCCACUCGGGGGCUGUUCUUGCGUCACUACCUGAGUGGUAUGACGCGAGAUCAUCUACCGAUAGGUUUAGCUCCAGGUCCUUCCGGAAACCUGCAUGAUUCACUAGGCUUCGUCCUCACUAACUUUAUCGAGAUGAACAAGCUCUGGGUCAGACUUCAACACCAAGGUCUGAGCAGGGAUCGAGAGAAGAGGGAGAUGGAACGCAAGGAACUCAGGAUCUUAGUCGGCACGAACCUCGUCAGACUGAGUCAGCUAGACGGAGUCGAUCUCGAUAUGUAUCAGGGAAUGAUUCUCCCGGCCGUGUUGGAACAGGUGGUCAAUUGUAAAGAUACUAUUGCUCAGGAGUAUCUGAUGGAGGUUGUUAUCCAGGUAUUCACAGACGAUUUUCAUCUGCGGACGCUGGGCCCCUUCCUCUCAGCCACCGCACAGCUCCACCCAAAAGUGAACAUCAAACAGAUCGUGAUCGCAUUGAUCGACCGAUUGGCCGCCUAUGCAGCUCGUGAGGCUGAGAACGAAUCGCCCGAGGAGACUCGCCGACAAGAGGAGCUAGCGGCGCGUAGAUUGGCGGCCAAGAUCAAGGCUCAAAAGGAAGUACGUUGGCAAACGAUGCAACGCGAGGAAGCCCGAGCAAAGUCACAGCAGAACUCAAAGUUUUCUAAUCCGGACUGGGCACCAACUGAAGAACAAUCCGCCUUCAAGGACGUCAACGGCCAUUCAUCCUUCCCUGCUCCCCCAAAACCUGUAGAUGAAUCUCAGGACCCAAACUCUUCUUCAGUCGCUUCCAUCCAACCACCAGAAGCUGGACCAAGCAACCAAAACCAACCAGUUCGGAAAUUUCGCGGAAUACCGGAAAAUGUGCCCUUGUUUGAAGUAUUUUGGCAUCAAGUUGUUGAACUGAUUCGGGCUCGACCAGAUCUUUCUAUCCAAGACGUCACGGCGUUGCUCGUCUCUCUAACCAACCUGGCUCUGAGUUGCUAUCCAGAUCGACUGGAAUAUGUCGACCAAGUAUUGGGCUUUGCGAAAAUGAAAGUGCAAGAGCAUGCGGAUAGUCCAGAUCUUCACCAUCCGGCUUCGAUUCAAAACCUUCUAGCGCUCUUGCUGGCCCCGAUCAACUCGUAUUUAACCGUACUCACUCUCCUUGCCUUACCGAACUUCCAAGAGUUGCUGCUCGUCCAGCCAUUCCUAUCGCGUCGCGCGAUCGGCCACUCCGUCGUCGCCUCGAUUUUGAAGAAUGAAACUCACAUUGCCGACCCGGUCGACUGCAAAGGUGUCUUGGAUAUGUGCCAUGUACUUGUUCGUGAUCAGAGAGACGCUGGGGUAGGAAUGCCUACUCAAAUGGGACAUCGUCAGCCUAUGGGAUCUAGAGGUCAACAAACCUAUGACCCUGAAGAAAUGGCUGAAGAGCAGGGCUGGCUGGCCCGAAUGGUUCAUCUAUUACACAAUGAUGACUUGGAUGUGCAUGCCAAGCUUCUUCAAGAAGCCAGGAAAGCGUUCAGCGAGGGAGGAGACCGAAUACGAUGGACGUAUCCACCCCUAGCAAUUUGUGCACUGAAAUUAGCCCAACGAUACAACUAUCGACAGCAUCACAAAGCAGAUUGGGACACGAAAAUAACGGCGCUAUUCAAGUGGAUACACCAGGUGUUAUCAGUGCUCUACAACCGCGUGGAAUCCUCGGAGAUCUGUCUACGGCUAUAUCUACAAGCGCUCCAAGCAGCCGAUGCGGCAGGGCUGGAAGAGCUGGCUUACGAGUUCGCAGUGCAGGCGUUCACGAUCUACGAGGAAUCGAUCUCAGAGAGUCGGGCCCAGCUCCAAGCGAUCGUCCUGAUUAUCGGCACCCUGCAAGCUUCCCGGGUCUUCGGGCCUGAUAACUAUGACACCUUGAUCACCAAAGCAGCCUUGCAUGGGGCCAAGCUCCUGAAGAAAAGUCACCAAGCUACUGCCGUGGCCCUUGCCAGCCAUCUCUGGUGGCAGACCGAGAAACUCGGACCGGAGUCCGACGCCGGCCCCGAUAAGGAACUCUUGAGAGACGGCAAAAGGGUCCUCGAAUGUCUUCAGAAAUCCCUCAGGAUUGCGACUAGUAGUAUCGAUGAACUCACUAGCGUCCAGCUCUACUGUGACGCAUUGGACCAGUACAUUUAUUAUUUCGAAAGGCAUAACGAAGCUGUAUCAACGAAGCACUUGAACUCAUUAGUCGAGCUGAUCACCUCCAACUUAGACUCGAUCCAAGGCGCGGAUGGGGUUCUAAUCCCGAACCCCUCAACGAUUAACUCUGGAUUAUUCGAAGGAGUUCAUACACCUGAAUCCGUCCUCAAACAUUUCAGGAACCAACUGAAAUAUAUACAUGCGAGGAAGGAAAUCAUCCUGAAUGGUGAGGGUGAGGGACUCGCUAAAUUCGAGGAAAUCGAUAUCUCAGCUGCUAUGCUGAAAGUCGGCCUUCAACUAUAA